AGGAUAGCCCGGCUCGUCCGACCCUAUGGAGGAACCCAUCUCUUGCUGUUUUGGUAAAUAGAUAGACCUCAUAAUGAUUAUGAUACACUCGGCUUUACCUUUUUACGCCUAUUUUGAACACUUUUUGGAGUACAUCUAUCAACGCAAGCAUUCCACUCUAGUUCUGGACUUAGACAUCACCCAGUGUAAUAUUUUUGUCAAUGGGAAGACAAUGCUGGAGGAAAGGUUGCACAAAUGUACGUUCUCUUGAGGUAUUAUACUCACCACGACGAUAACAAUGCGCAAAAAGAAUAGUUGACCAGUAUUCUUGAAAUACGACAACACCUUAUAUUUAUAUGUUUAUCAAUCCACCAUAAUAUGGGUUAAUCCACCUAACUACAAAAGGAUCAAAUCACCUAACGUUACCUUCCAAAAACUUCCGCGAGUUUCGUUUCUCCUUGAAAGAAUUAGGCGUUCAGACAAAGGACAGAAGGAGCUUUAUUCACAGGUCCUUCAACAUUCUGUCAGCUACAGUAACACUAAGUGUUCUCUAAAAAUCCUGUCCCGAUCUUUCUUCAUCACAGUUUGGAAUUGAUAACUUUUUAUCCUCGCUCCUCGCCAAGGGAGUCGAUUUCCAAUAUAUCAUGUUUCUGAAGAGGCGAAAAGGAAAUUCGGAACAGGAGGGCGGCGCGAGCCCCACGACCGGGAGUCGAGCGCCAGUCGAAGAAAGUGACAGCAGAACGGAAAAGGACUUGCUAGAGAACCGAAAUAACGGCGAUCAUUCGGAUGACAAGGUCGAUGUCGCUCGACAUACUAUUAAGGCUACAAGAAAUCCAUCUUCACGUGCAUCCUGAGACCGUUCUCAAGGGGAAAAAGGUUCUAAGAUGCGUUUCAAGAUGGAUUUCUCUUGGGUCUAAUACUAGUGAUUCACUUCGUCCAAGGUGGCAGCAGCAGCAUUCGCGGAAAGAGAAUCGGGUAGAGUCACCUAGGUCGUGGCUUCGUAUGCCCACACAUCAGACUGAUGUCUGCUCUCUAAAGUUUCUUGAAGAUGAGGAGAACCGCACUUCCACAGAAAUCGUCAGGGAUGAGAUGAUCGCCUCUCCAGUGGACAAGAAGGUGCUGCUGCCUGAUGUUUAGCCUCUAGCGCUUAUCGUGUAGGAUGACUCCGCUUUCACCGUGUGAAUGUGAAAAACUUACUUUUACUUACUUAAGCAUUAUAUAUAAGAUUUGUUUUUUGUUAAGAUAAGAAGGAUUAGUAGAAGGUUAUUUUUUUUCAUUUCGCUAUCUUCGUCUAAAACUCCAUCAUUACUUAAGCACUCAACUACACUUAGGUUGCACAUGCGCAGGACGAGACAGCGCACGAAGUGCAGCCAACGGGAAGAAAGAACGCAAACGUCGUUCUCCCUGCGGAGUCUUCAGAAGAGGAGCGUCGUUGUUCUGGUGAGCAAAAAAAAGAUGGACAAAAAGCACACGUAGCUGGAGAACAAAUAAUAGACGAAAAUAAGCAGCAGGAUGAUGAACAUUAUAGUGAUGACGAAGCUGGAGACCGCAGAUUGUACGAAGAAAAAGAAAUCACGAAAUUGGAGUUGGUAAAGUAUCCUCCACUUCGUCCUCGUCCACCAGAAAAAGAGUAUCAUUCUUGUCUUUUCUCAUCUUCUGAAGGGCAAGAAGCUGAUGAAGCAGAAGCAGUAGAUGACGUACUAGAAGAUGUUGCAGGAGGACAUGAUCAUGAAUCAGGAAAAGGCGUUCUUGCCGGGUCCGGACUAGAAAGUUCAUCGUCUUCCGUUCUAGGCGAUGGUGGGCCACGAGAUGUCGCAUUUUUGUCAUUACGGCUGCCACGAGAUUCGCAUCCUCAACGCCAUCCUUCUCGGCUUCUUUUUCAAGGGGAAAAAGGACUUCUCAGGAAUGCUCCCAAGGAUGCGAACGCGGUAGCUCUAAUGGCAGUUCCUGAGGAGGAACACAGAAACUGUAUCACUCCGAUGUCCUUCGAUCAUUCGAUCGAACAUCAGAAAAAGGAAGACGACAUAGAUAUUGAUGAAGAUGACGGUUUCGACAACGUAGCGGUCACUAACAACGAAGCGGCGACUAACAGCGACUAUAAAAGGAAAAAUAGUCAGCUCCUGCUCCACAACACUUCUGGAAAUGUUGAUCUUCAUCUUGAUCAGCCUCGUACUUCUUGUUUUAGAUCUUCAUCUUCUUCUGGAGAUCACCGCCACGACGACGACCAGCAAGUCCUCGAUGAAAGGGCAGGACCUCUCCUGAAAAAGCACAAAGGCGAGCCAACAGCAACACGGGAAGUCUUUUCGUCUUCGCUGUUCCCGCCAAGAUUUAAAUUAAGGCUCAAUACAAUUCAUUUCUAAGACUCAUUUUUUUCAUUCUCCCUUUUUUCUUCUUAGGAUUGGGAGAAAUGAAGGCAAGAAAUGAAUUGUUUUGGGCUCUAAUUAAAGUAGUCAGAAUGUCAUUUACAGAAGGCGAACUGGAGGUGCCUCGGUUACCCGAACCACAUGAGAUUCAUCCUGGCUAUUCCGAGUACGACGAGGUUUUUGAUGCACUGCGAUGGGCUGGGGUAGUCGACGACUACGGACUACUCGAGGCUAACGGUGUGCUUCAGAUUCAGGAAGAAGUAACUUCUUCAUCAUCUAGAAUUUGCACAAGUGGGAAAACUAAAAAGCCUCGCUUUGAGUGCUCACUACCCAUGCCACCUGAUGGAAAAAAUAGUAGUACUAACACGUCUGGUACUACCAGGUCAUCUACUAGUCGUGGUGCAGGAGCACCAGAGCGGCGUCGUGUGCCUAGCCUCGGUGAGCCUUUCCGACGUGCUGGCGCACUGCUGAUCGGUUAUGACUCUGAGACCUGGACUGUCUUACAGGACUUCAUGCGAGCCGUGAGUAAAACAUCACGCAACUCAAUAAAUACGAAGUCUGUUCUUGUUGAGCAGAAGAGCAGUAGCAACAUCAAGAGUAUGAAGAUUCAUCUGGAGGCCAAGCAGGCUAAGGACGCAGAGAAAUUAUCAGAUGACUGGCGUUAUGGUCAACAUUUAGUGUCCAUCAUUCGCGGCAUCUUGAUCCCCUUUUCCCUUCUUGUAUUCUCGUGAACUACAAGGUAAAAGGGCUCAAGAGCUGCUGAGAUGGGGGGCCGAGAUGCAAUCUAGCAGACUCUAAUGGUGGAGACGGCGCCUGCAAAUGUGCUACGAUUGGAGCAACAGCGCUUUUCGACACGAAAUCCUCACAGAGUAUGUAAAUGUGAAAGAGUACAGCCACUCCGUAGUGCUAUUUGACACUGACACUCUCUUGAUCAAAAGUGCAUUUCUCAACGACGAUUCGCAGUAUCUAAGCAGUUCGCGCGCUCCGCCCGUCUCUGUUCUUCCGAAACCAUUGCAGAGUCGCUUGAAGAUGAGCGAAGAUUUUCGUGCUAGUAGUGCAACUUCUACUUCUGGAGGCUUUCAAGGUCAUCAACUACUGCCAUGUGGAAUAGAGCAGCCCAUGGGAUUGAAUCAUCCGAACUUCUUCGCUCAGCAGUAUGCGACCGGCUCCAGCAGUGGAGUGAUGAGCUUUGAAGGCCAGCCUGUCUGUAAUGCGCAGCACGUGUCUAAAUUAAGGCCACAGGAAUAGAUGCAUCUUCUUCACUGUCAGGUUGUAUCUUGUUCUUGGUCCUCCCGUAGUUCUUUUUUAUAAGGGACGAAAAUGAGACCCAACAUCAAGAUGCUACUUUGGCGGAUGGUGCUGUGCUGCAGCACUUACUAGAGUAAUCUCAAUCUGCUUUUCACGCUGCAUACACUCACUUGAUUCAUCUAACGAACGGGAUCGCUUGCAGAGGCAAGAAGGCUGCUGAUGGAUUCAUGUGCAUGUUCGGCGUGCACGUUCCGCCACCUUAUUCCCGUGGCGAAGGACAGCAACAAGCGUGGCGAUACGGCCUUCGCGCGAAAACAGUCAGGCUAAGGCGUGUGAUGAACAUGAACCACAAGAAGAAACAAAACAACAAUCAGGUCAGCGGCAGCACAGGUCGUCAAGCAGGAGGUGGAAGCACAACAUCUUCAAAUAUUAGAGUGGACCAAACAGAAGCACGACUUCCGAGCAGCAGCGGAGCUGCUGAAGAUGAAGAGAUGAGCGCUGCCCGCGAAGAUGUUGCUCAAGGCGUCGAGAGUACUAAAAACGUCCAAAAUUAUGAAAAUACUAAUGAGGACGAUCAAGAUGUUGACAUGGUCACUGGAAGUAGUGGUC